GGGAUAUUAUUAUGGGUCAGUCUAGAAUCUCUGAAGAUUCUGCGGAAAAGAACAACGAGGAUAGAAUGAAGAUUGGUCAAAGCUGUGUUGAGUAUGAGAAUCUGGAGAGUUUUCUUAAGUUACCUCUCGAGGAUCCCUGCAUAUUAGCUCACAAGGAGAAUGAGUCUCUGAGAAUUGUGUGGAGAACCCUUGGUCUGAAAAUAGCUGCUACCUAUUUUAGUUCGUAUGUUGUUAAUACAUGUAAGGUAUUGUGGAUUGUGAACGCAAAGGUCGAGACUUUCGAGCUUGGAAAGACACGGGUGUCAAAUUUGAGGCCGAGAAAGUCUGAUAUUAGGACUGAUCGGAGAUACAAAAGAAAUCCAAGAACCUGGGCAGAUAAGAAGGAGAAUGAAGGCUCCGGUUUAAGAGGAAACGAACUCGGUCAGGUUCGCGAUCAAAGAGAUCUGUAUCCAGACAUACUGAAACAACAGAGACUAAGAGAUGUUGAGAUGCAACAGCAGCGAAGCCAUGAAACAAAGUCGAAUAGGGCUACAAAUCUUGAUAGGGAAAGGAGAGAACACAAAACGAUAGUUGAUGAGAGAACCCGAAGUGGCUAUCCAGUUCGUCAAGGUGAAAGAAUAUGCAUGAGUUAUCGACACACUGGUCUCUGUGUCUAUGAGACUGAAGGAAAAGAAGACUUUAUGGAAACUAACCUUGAAAAGCCUGAAGAUAGCACCAAGACUGCAAAAAAGUUACUUGCAGAAUCUAAAACAGAGAAAGCACAGAAAGGUUCAACGAAAAUAACUACAAAGAAGCGACUUGAUAAAUCAGUCCACUCAGAUGCCAAGAAAAGGAAUUCAGAAGGUGGAAGCAUGGAUAUGCAAAUUGCCAAGUCGUUAAAGAGCAAGAAGAAGAAUUCUCGGACAAUGAAGUCUUCUACCAAAGAAUUUGAACAAAUUAUCAAGAGCCAUCAAAAGAGGAAUCAGACAGCUGUUGAGGAAGUGGAGUUCAAUAAAAGUGAGCAUGGUGAGGAAUUGGUUAGUAAGAGAGCUAACAUCUGGUGGUCACUUGACAAGAAGUUUUAUGAUGGCAUCAUAAAAUCCUAUAAACGUCUUAACAAGAUGUGUCAGGUGUCUUAUUCGGAUGGGGAUUCUGAAGAGCUUAAUUUUAAUAAUCUUAAAAAAGAACGUUGGAAGAUAAUCAGUGAUGAAGAGGUGUCAAAGUUUUCAAGGAUUCAUGGAAAGUUCAGAGAUGUGGUAAGGAGUGUGCAUUCAGAUGAUGAAGAACAUGGUAAGCUUGAGAGAAAGAGGAAGGAUACUUUAAUGCUGAUGGGAGUUAUGUUGUGUAUGUUAGAGAGAAGGAAGACAAGGAUGCAUGGUUUGACAGUAUUGAAAUUAAUCCGACGUAUAUUGGACGAUCUGCUGCUAAUGAUACUGAAAAGAAAGAAGAUGGGAGGACAAAGUGUGGGUAAUACAGUUCGAAGCUUGAGUAUUUGUUUCAGUGUAGCAAUGGGGAUUCAUGCUGAUGAAUUAAGCAAAGAAUUUUUUGCAGGCUCUAAGUGGUUGGUCUUAAGAUAUGACGUUCUAAACUUGGAAAUAAUUAAAACAGCUAUUGGAUUUGCCAAGCAAGAAGAUCUUUCUGUUUCUUUGAUUUUAGCUAGCUUUAAAAUGGCUCCUUACAAAGAAAAGGAAUGGAAGGAAUGGGAGGUGAACAACUACAAGGUUAAGGAGCAGAAACUUAGGAUCAAGAUGUGUUCAAGCUUAAGGGGGAGAAUGUUGAAAGUAAGCUUGAAGAAAGCUUGUGGAGCAAGAUAUCCUAAAAAUAUUUGGAAUGGAAAAGAAAUAGGAUAUAUACUUGUUUAGGAGUUAUCUAAAUAAGUAAAACUAAUGAGAUUAGGAAAUUAACAUUCCUAUAUAAGAGGAUGCCAAUGUGUGGCAUAAUUUAUGAGUUGAGAGAGAUUGUGUGAGAGAUUAUGAAUUACGAGAUUGAGAGAGCUUGAGGUUUUGAGUUAGUUUCCUCAAGAGAUUAAUAAGAGAGUUAUUCUUAUUAAGUUUGAUUGUGAUUCAUAUAUUGUGAUUCUAUAUCACGUCUAUAUUUAACCGACUUUUUUUUUGACAAAAUAUUUAACCGACUUUGUACUUCAUAUUGAUUUUAACUCCUCUUGUUUGAUUGAUGGAAAUGAAGCUAAUCUUUUUAGAGUACAAGCUUUGUCUCCAGACACGACAUUGGUUAAUUACUCGAUAGAAAAGAUCCCCAAAUGUCUGUUAAGAGAAAUGAACACUGGUUUUGUAUUUUGUGACAAUUU